GAGUGUGUGGCGGCCUGUUUGACAUCUGGGCUACCUUUUUUCUGCAUCUACAUAUUGCAUCUAAUAAGUCAUGUUUUCAUUCCUAAUUUUAAUAAAAUAUGAUCACAAAUCGCAUAAAAUACAGUAAUUCAUUCAUUAAACGUUUUAAACCAUAUGACUUUCAUGCAACUAAUAAUGCAUCUAAUAAAUCUAAGAGAAAACAUCACGCUGGCUGGCAGCGUGCACUUAAACAGACACCUUUAUAUCGUACAACCAUUCCUGUUAUUGUCACUUCAAACUGCCGUUCACUUCCCAACAAAAUUAUGCAUCUCCAGUCUCUCUUAUCAUCUGAUACUUAUCACAAUACGGCGAUUGUUGCAUUACAAGAAACAUGGCUCCAUGAACUCUAUGAUGACAAUCUGGUUUCCCUAAAUGGUUUUACAUUGUUUAGACAAGAUCGACUAUGCUCCAGAAAGAAAAGAGGUGGAGGUGUUGCAACUUUCAUUCAUUCUCAAUGGUCAACUUCAAAUAACGUAUGUUUUUCUUACUCUAAUGACUUUAUUGAUUGUAUAACGGUCAAAUGCCGCCCGAAACACUUAUCCAAGUUUAAAUACGUCUUCAUCUCUAACAUUUAUGUUACUCCUGGCUGUUCUGCAUCUGAUCUAUCUGAUUUUGCUGAUGAAUUCACGCCGUUACACAUCUUGAAAACUCUUUAUCAGUUGUCACAGGAGAUUUUAACUGCUGUGAUUGUUCUUUCCUCGUAUCAUUAGGUCAUGCCAAUAUUGUUAAAUUCCCUACUCGACUUGAUAAAACCCUUGACCUGGUGUUCAUUAAUGAUGAGGAAAUAUAUGAAGUACGCCGACGUGCUCCUAUCAUGAACUCAGAUCAUUGUAUUAUUCGGAUAUUACCUAAGAUAUACAGCAGAUCUCACUUUAAUAUCUUCUCAAAUCUGUCCAAGAAAACACAGCAAAGGUGUUACUCACAAGAAAAUAUGCUCAAACUAAGAUGUAUGCUAAAUGACACUAACUGGGAACUUUUCAACGAACACAAACUGGAUGAUACUAUUUCCAAUUUGACUGACUAUCUUAAAUUCUGUCUUGAUAUAUGCUGUCCAAAACAGAUAAUUUUCAAAAGAAUGGAUCGUUUUUCUUCCCCUCAUCUCAAAAAACUUCGUAGAGAAAAAGAGAAGCUGUACAAGACAAAGAAUAAAUCUGGUCUUAAGAAGAUAAACACCCAAAUUAAAUCUGAAAUCAAGAGACUAAACAACAUUUAUAAUCAAACAAUACUAUCUUGUAAAACCUCAGAAAACAUAUGGAAGCUUUUUAGAGAAAUUACUGGUUGUGGUAAGCAUAAUAAUUUUGCCUCUUCUAUUGAUGUAAAUACUCUCAAUAGAUCUUUCAUCCGCCCUCCAAAUGUCCUUUCUGCCUUCAAUUUAACUAAUAACACGACCAGUGACUUUCAUCGUUUCAAUACUUCUGAUGUUCUUAAAUGUUUGAAAUCUCUUAAACCUUCCCAGAGUCUAGGCCCUGAUGGUAUACCUGCCAUUGUUUUAAAGAAAUGUGCUGAUAUUUUAAGUAACCCACUUACAAGCAUUUUCAAUACUUCUUUUUCUAAUAAUAAUGUACCUUCUCUGUGGAAAGAUAUUAAAAUCAUCCCUGUACCCAAGUCUGGUUCUGGAGAUAGUGUUAAGUUUAGACCAAUUGCCAUUACCUCUCCUUUUUUGAAACUGAUGGAGAAAUUACUGUUACAAAAACUCAUUCCCUCCCUAAGCUUCUCAAACGAUCCAAAGCAGUUUGCUUACAAACAGGGUAGAAGUACUUUGGAUGCUGCUGCUGUGUUUCAUCACAACAUUGUAUCCUCCUUAGACAAAGGGGCCAAGUAUGUCCGUUGUACUUUCCUUGAUUACACAUCUGCUUUUGACUCUGUACCUAGAGGCCUUUUGUUAAACAAGCUUAGCCUUACACAAACUGAGUCCUGGGCUAUCAACUGGCUGCACUCUUACUUCUCCAAUAGGAUGCAGUACACGGUAUAUAAUGGUGUAGCUUCCUCUCCUUUGCUUACUGAAGCUGGUGUUCCUCAGGGUGCUGUUCUCUCGCCGUUUCUCUUUUCCUUCUUCUUACAUGACUUACCUCUCUCAGACGAAAUCAACUUCGUCAAAUAUGCAGAUGACCUGACUGUUUCGCUUCCCGUUAAGUCUCAGUCAGACUGCUUCAAAUUAAAUAGCUUCCUGUCGGACAUCAGUCAGUGGUCUAAACUAAAUGGCCUAACGCUGAAUCCCUCAAAAUGCCAGACUGUCGACUUCUCCUUUAGGCAUAAACGAGAUCUACAAACACUAGUAAGCACUCAUGAUGUCUGUAGAAUUGAGGGGACUAUAAUUGAAACAAAGUCUAAUGCAAAAUACCUCGGAUUAGUUAUAUCUUCCGACCUUACUUGGUCAUCUCAUAUCCAAAUGAUUUCCAAGAAAGUGUUUCGUCUAACCUACUACAUUAAGAAACUCAGACUAACUGGAGUCCCUCAACCUCUGCUUUCACAAUUUGUCAACUCUCGUAUCCUACCUAUUCUACUUUACUGUUCCCCGUUAGUCUUUCCUGGGUUACUGAAAAAGGAUUAUACCAUCCUGAGAAGGAUGUUGAAGGUAGUUAGUAGGACUAGCGGUGUAAAACUCAGUCAGCUCGUCACAACAUUAGUGGAUAAGCAUCUGAAUACAUGUGAGAAAUGGUCUAAAACCAUACUCUCUGACCCCCAACACCCCCUCUAUUCCCAACUCUCUCCUUGCAUCUCAUCAGGUAGAACCAGAAAUCAGUAUAAAAUAAUAUAUGCUCGUACAACCAAGUAUAGGAACUCAACGAUACCAUAUUUGGCCCGUGUUCUAAGUGACAGAGACAAUGUUAAGCGUGAAACCUAUGACUUGCUUUGUUGUUAAUAACAUAAUUUUGGCCCUUGUUAUUUCCCCCUUACACUCUCUUAUUUGUACUCUAUAGUGAACAACCUUCUUAAACAUACUUAGCUGCUUAAAAUUAUUAUCAUUGGCUUACAUUUUUAUUCUUUAUUCUAUUCCUUCUUUGUACAUCUACUGGGUCCGACUAUAUUAUCACUAUGAUUAUUAAAAAUUGUCCCGUCAUUAACCAUCAUGUAACAUUAGUUUUGUGGUUGUUCUUUGUUCGGCACUAUUUAACUGACAAUCUUGUUUGUUAUUGCCACUAUCACCAUCUUAAAAAAUUUUGUAUUAUGCAUGAUUCCUCACACUACCACUACAAACAACCGCAUUAGUGCUGACAAUAAAAAAACACAACCUGAAAUGUUUAUCUUAUGAUUGCUUAGUGUUGUUCAAUCAAAUUAACUGAUCAUCUUGGCUAUAAACAUUUUUUAAGAACAUCUCAUAAUUUCCCGUAUGAUUAUAGCUGUUACUGUUCACCACGCAUACACAUAUCGUAGCUUCCACUAACCAAUACUGAAAUAUUUUUUCAUUAUUUGUGUUUAUCUUCCUUUUUACUUGGUAUUUUUAUUGCAUUUUUUUGUUAUUUCUGUGUUUCUUUUUUGGUUUUUUGUUGUUAGUUUUUUUUGUUUUUUUAUAUAUUUUAUUUUUUUUAUAAUACUCCUUUUAAAUGUACGAUGAAAUUAGAUGCAAUAUUGUAGAUAUGUGCUGAAAAUUCCACACUGUACCACAAGUACUGUUUCUGGAAUAAAGCGAAAUUGUUAUUAUGUAUC